CGUAUGGCUUGAUGAUCUGCUCAUGGCCGUCGGGCCUUGCUGAGUUGCGGCCUGCAGCUACCUCGCAACAAUCCCGCCGCCUGUCUCCUCCACGCGAUAGCGAUACCAAGACCACCGGCCGCUGAACCUCUGCAGCUUCGUUUCCAGUGUCAUUCGCAACUUUGCGGGCACCUUCGUGCGACAAAAAACCUCGUGGCGACUCUGAGCCGACACUCCGACAAGUAGACCACCAUCUCAUCCAGCGACCCCUGAAAAUGGAACGGCAAACCGAGAGGCGGAGGGAGAGGUCCCAGAAGCCUGCGUCUUCGGAUGCCAAUCUGAUGCAUACAGGGUGCCAGUUCGAGGAGAUUGAUAUUGAGCGCGGUGUCAGCUCUACCGAACUGGCAGACGCGGCCCUGCCAAAUUUGUCUCAUCUGGAGGACAAUGAGUCUUGCGGCGGCAUCAAUGUCGAGCCCGAGGCGGGCAAAUUACCAGGCCCUGAAUCUUCAACAGACUCCUCUGCAGCCUCACACGAUUUGAAGAGUCCGCUUGAUGCUAUCGAUCGCGACUAUACCGUGGCGAACGAAUCCGACCCCUGGUUUCCUGUUCCAAAAUGGUCUCGAAGGACUUCGACAUAUGCCAAGCGGAUGGCCUUCAGGCUUUAUGCUCGAAUGUUUGAUGCGCUUUUGGCUACCACUGCCAAAGUUUCGGAAGGCAAAGCUGCUCCGACUGAGCAGAGGGAUUCUGCAUAUGCGUCAAUGCCUGGAGAUGAGCCAACCGCAUGCCCAGCCAACUGGGCACGCCAAUCGCAAAAUGUCCAGCCGGAAAUGAAAGCGUCCCUUGCCCGGGAUGCUGGAGACAUGGCUGAGGCCCAAACAGUCUGCUCAGAGCAAAGCUCUGUCGACGCAAACCGCGCUCGAGACUAUAUCUGGGAGUUGACUCGCCAUCUCUAUCAGCGGAUUCGGCCCUUACUCACAGACGACAAUGUAUCAUCUGCAGUGGGUUUGCUGCCUGAAUUGCUGUCAGCGUUUGCCCUGCAAAAGGGCCAGGAGUCGCAGGCUCAAGUUGACCAAGACAUUCGGUACUUUGUAUACAAGCAUCGGCUAAUAAUAGCACAAUCACUGGCCGCUUUCUACGAGACCGAGCAAGACCCAACCGCACAUUCGCUCUCGGACACGGAUCUCAUGUCGACAACGGAAAGAAUUAGGCUGAUAUGGAGUAGGGCAUCUCAGAAAGGCAACUCAUCAGUCCCUGAGGAGAGACUCAAUCCCGCUGUCGAUGCUGAUAGCGACAUGAACUCGCCUCAAGGCUUUUCGCAGUACCGGGAAGCGAUUACGGCCGGCCCGGCCUUCCAGUGGGUCGUUGAAGAACUCAAGAGAGAGCUCAGUCCAUCUUCAAGUGGUCUAUAUACCAUGGAGAAGAUAUCCAGCGACAUUCUAAAAGGCCUAUCUAAAGACCAGAAGAUUAGCAAGAGGCAUCUCUCAAAACCCUCGAAGCUGACUUUCAAUGUUGCAUGCGACAUCUUCGCAUACAUGGAGGAUCAGGGAUAUGCAAUCGAUGCCGAUGAGGCCCUCCCGAGAGCAAUUACGUUGACGGGCUCCAGCACCAACGCCCAAGCGCUGACUAUCAGGCAAUACGUGUGUCAGACCUGGCCAACGAUCAAAUGCAGCCUGGUAGAAGCUAUCCAGGUCGCCUUACGGGCAUACAAGGCUUAUGGAUAUAAUGCGUCCAAGCCGUUCAAAAACUCUUCUAAUUGCAUUGUCGAAGACGUCGGGACGGAGAUCAGAGUCUCUAUUGGCGAGAAGACGAUGCACGUUGAGACAGUUGGAACAGCUCGUUCAAUCGCGGAUAUUGGCAGCCAACUUGGAUGGCUUGCCACAACUCUCAGCUCCUUUCACCCGAAGGGCGUGAUUUCGUUCUGCCACCCGGAGAUUAGCGGCUUCAAUGCGCAUGUGAACGAGGACGGUUUCGACAACACCUUCGUCUGCAGAGUCAACACCGAAAUAGAACACUUGAAGGACAACCUACCCAGUGCCAACGGCCAAUGCUGGUAUCGCCUAUUCAACAACCCAGUUGUUGUGACUGGCUACCCGAUCAAGCCAAGAAAAGACUCCUUGGUUGAGGCCGGAUUGGAAUUGCCCUUUGAUAUGAUGGCAACUCUUUCAGAGUGCCAGUUCAUGACAACGUGGGGGGGAAAGACGGUGAUCAAGGGCUUCUCAUCAAUGCUGAUCCCCACAAAGGCGCAAGACAACGUCAUCUCUUGGCACUUGAUCGUCUCUGAAGCUGGAAAAAGGCUGCCAUACAGAGAUGAUCGAGUAUCGAAGGGGAUCUCUAUUGCUCCUCGAAUUCUCCCAAAGUUUCGCCACAUCCUGGGAUGGUGUUCGGAGGCGCAGAAUGACAUAGGAGCCCCUGGGGCAAACUACAAUAUCGGAUGGUCCGGCCUACCGCUGGCUGGAAAGGACGUUUCCCGGGGGCCUGUUACGACCAGCAUUGGCGUUGGCAGCUUUCUCAAGUUCAGUUCGGAUUUCGAAAGAGGAAACAGGGAACGCUUCAUCUCUGGCCUUACCGACAAUCAUUACGGAGCCCUCGUUCGACACAUCGGGCAGCAGCAUUUCCUGCUGUUCGAUGUCGAUGAUAAGCGUUGCUGGCUUACCGAUGGCUCCAGAGCUUACCUUCACCUCGUCAGAGCCUCGCUAUCGGAAGAUCACAGGGAAAAGCCCAACGGCUAUUACAUGGAUCAGAUCAGGAAACUCAACGAGUUAGCUCUGCUAAGGGAAAAUGCGGCUGAAGUCCUGUUGGAUGCUGGAACUGUAGACGCCGAAGCUGAGCGAAGGGAUCCUGGAUACUUCAGCUUAAACACGAGGAUACAACGCAUAGGGCUCCUUGUGGAGAAAAUCGUUGAUCAAGAGCAUAGGGCAGCAAACAACCAGAGUACCUCAUGGGGCAUGCCCGUCCAUGUCCUGGAAGGAUUCGACUUCAUGGAUGUGGCUACCCUUCGCGACCUGCGCCUCCACAGGCUGAAGCUACCGUUCCUAAAGUAUGGCGAUGGGUGGGCAAACAUCGUGUCGCAUCUUCCUGCAAUAACCCUCUUUGGAAAAGGGUUCGGAGAGCUCAUCAAGCCAGGGGCGAACAACCCAACAAGGUCGUGCGACAAAUGCGGGUUCGUGGUAAGGCUUCCUCCGGGUCGAAACCUCAUGGCAGUGUGUGUCGAGGUUCUGGAGAAGUUACUCAGGAUCCGCGGCAACAAGAACUCCCAUCCCUUGCAGCUGAUGAACGAAGUCUAUUGGCCAGCCCGAAAGCCUGUCUUUGAGCCCUGUGAGUGCACAGGCUCUGAUAGGCGUGGGAAGAAUGAUGGUCGUGUCCAAAUGCUUUCUAAGAAGAAGUCACAGGACACAUCAUCCUCAAGGCCAUUUGAGCUGGAGGUGAGGGGAGCAGUCAUCUUUGGCCACAGCUUCAGACUGAGCCUUCGGCCGAGACGCUUGCUUUCAUUACACGACAAGGCAUUCCCUCCACAUGCCAGCAGUGCACCGCAGACGACCAACCAGGUUCCAGUUGUGUGCGUCACUGCAGCACCCGAUGAGCCUUUUGAUGUGGACGAAAACGUGCUGUCUGACACCAUGAGCUCGACUACACCAAAUACCACCACGUGGUCGAAAACAGCAGGAUCGGUCUCAAACAAUACCACUAUUGAACCGCAGAUUCCAGCCUCAGCGUCAAGCUGUACAAAGACAGAUACUCUUGCUGCUGCUGCUGCUCCUCCACCACAAAUUGAGCCGAGUGUGCCUGCAAAGGCGCCUCGUAAAAGAUCUGCGAAAAGGGUGAGGGAGUUUUACGCAUUGACUUGGAAAAAUAUGAAGAUGAUCAGACGACGUCGAAGCAAAUAG